AAGGCGCGUGACCGACAGCGGACGGGGCGUAAGGCGGUGGCUGUGCCGCUGUGGGCGCCGCCGGGGCGGGCGACUCCCCUGUUCUCGGCCAGUGGCGCCUCAGAUCAGCCCUCUGACAAGCGGACCCCGGAAGAAGGAGCAAUAAUGCUGCCCAAACCUGGGAUCUAUUUCUUCCCCUGGGAGGUCAGUGCUGGCCAAGUUCCUGAUGGGAACACACUGAGGACAUUUGGCAGGUUGUGCAGCUACGACAUGACCCAGUCCCAAGUAACCCUGAUGGCUCAACUCAGAUCUGAACAGUACCCGAUCCUCGUCUGUACCAAGUUGGUGGAACCGUUCCAAGCCCAGCUGGGCUCCCUCUACACUGUCCUUGGGGAACUGGAGCAUCAGAAGGACGGAAGCUGCAUGGUGAAGGCCCGGGUACUGACGUGUGUGGAAGGAAUGAACCUCCCCUUGUUAGAACAAGCCGUCCGGGAGCAGAGGCUGUACCAGCAAGAGAGGGACAGUGGCCAGUAGGGAGCAAUGCCGCCUUCCCGCCCGGCCAGACGCUGGAGCUGCUGCAGAGAAGAUGCAGGAGCGUCCCCCGGCUGACAGCCUUUGUCUGGAGAGACGAGGGGAGGGCAGCCUAGCGCUCCGAGGCCGGGCGCUGGGGCGCUGGGGCGCUGGGCCUCGUGUGGGUCCUGGAGAGUUCCAGAAUGUCCCUGUGAAUAAAGCCUGGUGGUGUGACUGA